AUGAAACCAUCUAAACUGCAAGAUCAUCUGAGAAGAUGCCACCCUGAUAAAACAGAGAAAGAUUUGAAAUACUUUCAAACACUCAAAGAUAAAUUUCAGAAGAGACCUACACUGGACAGAAUGUUCGCUUCGACGUCACAAAGAAAUGAUGAUGGUUUGCGGGCGUCUUACAAUAUCUCGUUACUUAUAGCAAAAUCCGGAAAACCGCAUACUAUCGGAGAGAAGUUAAUUUUGCCAGCCGUUGAAGAGGUUUUAAAAACUGUUUUACACAAACCUGCAUCUGAUAUCAUUAAAAGAAUUCCCUUAAGCAACAAUACUGUUGAAAGACGUAUUGAUGAAAUGAGUUCUGAUAUUGAAAGCUUCUUAUGUAAUUAUUUGCAAACGACCCAUUUCUCUAUACAACUGGACGAGUCAACUUUACCUGAUAAUGCAGCAUUAUUAUUGGCAUAUGUUCGUUUUAUUAUGAAUCAAGAAAUCUACGAAGAACUGCUCUUCGCAAGAACUUUGAUAACCGACACUAAAGAUUUUGAAUCUAGGUUUGAGGAUAUUUUGACUAUGGUAAUACCACCGUGGAUAAUUAAUCCAUAUGGUGACAUAGAAGAAACGAAUGUCAUAAUACAAGAGGAACUGACUGAACUAAGUACAAACGAAGAACUUAAGGUUCAGUUUAAAAACGGAUAUCAGCAAUUCUGGCUGCAAAACAACAUACCCGUUACUUAUCCCGUAUUAUGGAAUAUAGCGAGGAAAUUUUUAAUUUCCUUUCCAUCGUCAUACCUAGUGGAAAGGGGGUUCAGCGCUGUUACCAAUCUCCUAACGAAAAAAAGAAACAGACUGGACAUCAUUAGCCGAGGAGAUUUAAGAUUAACCCUUACAAAAUUGACGCCAAAUGUUGAUAAUUUAUUAUUAAAGCAUCAGGUUCAUCCUUCUCACUAA